UAUCCUGUGUGCAGCCAGCGCAUCCUCUGGGGGGAUGGAGAGAGGCGCUAAGGGCCAGUUCUCGACCUUCAGCAGUUUCAUUUCAACUAUCAACCAAAAGAAAGAGGCCGCUGGGAACAGAUGCUCAUCUACGCAGCUUGUAAUACCUAACAGCAAAAACGUGAGGGACCUUCCACCAAUUUGCCUUGAUGUUCGACAAAAGCAGCGUAUCUCAAUUGAUACACUGCCGCCUGAGAUGAAAGCCCCCAUACUGCCUGAACCACCAAAUCCAGCACGCAGCAAAACACUGAAGGAUUUCCAGAUAGACCUGGACAAAGCCAAAUCAACAGGCGAAUGGAAAGCUGUGCACGAAUUUUAUUUAACUACGUUUGAUUCAUUCCUGGAGUUAAAUGCUGCUUUCAAGAGAGAUGUAAAUACUUCUGUCAACACUGUUGAGGAUUCCAGAAUUAAUACAAAGUUUUUAAACACUGUUUAUGAUGCCUUAAUAAAUACUGCUCAAGAUAUCCAGAAAACAGUGCUGAAAGGGAUUAUUAACAGUCUGUUAAGGGAAUGGAAAGGGCCAAGAACAAAGGAUGACCUUCGGGCCUAUUUUAUCCUAACACAGAAUCCACAGUUCAGCAGCACCUCUACUUAUGUCAUCUACGCACAUCUUCUUAGACAAAUCGCCACACUAUCAGACGCGGACCACAAUUUAUUGAUACAUUGGUUCAAAAAGGUGUCACCAAAGCGUUUUAAGCAACUGGUUGACCGAUUGCUACAGUUCAUAUCCUUGCGCCUCUUUCCUGCAAAGCCUGAAGAGUUCCCACCAGCAGCAAAAUGCACGUGGUGGAUUUCAUCUGCAACCAAAGCGCUAACUUUGUUAAAUGCUGCAAACUCUCUGUGCAAUCCACCAAUUAUUCCUUUCACCGACUUCUAUAAUUCCACUUUGGACCAUAUUGAUCUUAUGGAAGACUAUCAAACCUGGCAGUUUUAUGGUAACACUCACAGGUUUUCAUUUUGUCAGUUUCCCUUUGUCCUCUCCAUUGCUGCAAAAAAAGUCAUCAUCCAGAAGGACUCUGAGCAACAGAUGAUCAGCAUUGCAAGACAAAGCCUUGUGGAUAAAGUAGCGAGGCGGCAAAAGCCAGAUAUGAAUAUGUUGUUCCUUAAUAUCAAAGUGAGGCGGCUCCAAUUGGUCAGCGAUUCGCUUGAUGAGCUUACUAGAAAACGGGCCGACCUGAAGAAAAAGUUGAAAGUUACUUUUGUCGGUGAAGCUGGUCUUGACAUGGGUGGCCUGACUAAGGAGUGGUUUCUCCUGCUGAUCAGACAAAUUUUCCAUCCUGACUAUGGUAUGUUUACCUUUCACAAAGACUCAAGCUUUCAUUGGUUUAGCAGCUUUAAGUGUGAUAACUAUUCAGAGUUUCGUCUGGUUGGAACUUUGAUGGGACUGGCUGUGUACAACAGCAUCACUCUAGAUAUUCGCUUUCCACCCUGCUGUUACAAGAAGCUGCUAAGUCCUGCUAUAGUACCUUGCGAUCAGAACAUGCCAGUGGGCAUUGCAGCUGUCACUCUGGAUGACCUAUAUCAAAUUAUGCCGGAAUUGGCUCAUGGACUAAAUGAACUGCUAACAUAUGAGGGCAAUGUGGAAGAGGAUUUCUAUUCAACAUUUCAGGUCUUUCAAGAAGAGUUUGGAGUGAUUAAAUCAUACAGUCUUAAACCUGGUGGAGAUAAAAUCCCUGUUACCAAUCAGAAUAGAAAAGAAUAUGUCCAGCUUUAUGUGGACUUUCUGCUUAAUAAAUCCAUCUACAAGCAGUUUUCUGCCUUCUAUUAUGGUUUCCACAGUGUGUGUUCCUCUAAUGCAUUGAUGUUACUUCGUCCAGAAGAAGUGGAGAUCCUUGUUUGUGGAAGCCCUGAACUAGAUUUGCAUGCACUCCAGAAAAAUGCUCAAUAUGAUGGAUACCAGAAAACAGAUCUUACAAUCAGACAUUUCUGGGAUGUCGUUUUGGGUUUUCCUCUUGACCUUCAAAAGAAACUGCUUCACUUUACAACGGGAAGUGACCGAGUGCCAGUGGGAGGGAUGGCAGACUUGAAUUUCAAGAUUUCAAAGAGUGAAACAUCAACUAACUGGUUGCCAGUGGCACACACGUGCUUUAACCAGCUGUGUUUACCCACCUACAAAACAAAGAAGGAAUUAAAGCAGAAACUGACAAUUGCCAUUUCCAAUGCGGAAGGUUUUGGGCUGCAGUGAAGAAAUACAGAGGCCUUUACAGACUUCAGCCUUUUAUUUUCACAUUUCUAGAAUGUUUUAUUUGUGCAACGAGUGCAGCAGUGCUGAUAACUUAUUGCUUUUAGAGAACGUGCAACGGAUGCCUGACUUCAGAGGUACA